AUGCCGCUGGGGGUCCCUCUGAGGAAGUACCUGUUCAUUGUAUCCACGUCCUUCUUGUGCAUGGCCAUGGGGUCUUGCUGUGUCCACCUGGUCAUGAAGCCCGAGAUGAGGGAGCACGACAUUUCGAAGCACUUGCAGAAUCGGAACAGCGCCAUCCAGGAGGUGCAGCGGGAGAUCCUCCGCCGGAAGACGUCCUAG